AUGACGGAGGAUGAGAAUGUGAAGGCCAGCAAAGUGGUCCAGCCAGUAAAAGUGCUGGUCACACCUGAGCUGGAUCGCUGGCCACAUCAAAGUGUUGCCAUCAAGGUCAUCGAUAAGAAGAGAGCCAAAAAGGACACCUAUGUCACCAAAAACCUGCGGCGAGAGGGCCAGAUCCAGCAGAUGAUCCGCCAUCCGAAUAUCACGCAACUCCUGGACAUCUUGGAGACAGAAAACAGCUACUACCUGGUCAUGGAGCUGUGCCCCGGUGGGAACCUCAUGCACAAGAUCUACGAGAAGAAACGCCUGGAUGAGGCCGAAGCCCGCAGAUACAUCCGGCAGCUCAUCUCUGCCGUGGAGCACCUGCACCGCGCUGGGGUGGUCCACAGAGACUUGAAGAUAGAAAAUUUGCUACUGGAUGAAGACAAUAACAUCAAGCUGAUUGACUUUGGUUUGAGCAACUGUGCAGGGAUCCUGGGUUACUCAGACCCAUUCAGCACACAGUGUGGCAGCCCAGCCUACGCUGCUCCGGAACUGCUCGCCAGGAAGAAAUACGGGCCCAAAAUCGAUGUCUGGUCAAUAGGCGUGAACAUGUACGCUAUGUUGACCGGGACCCUGCCUUUCACAGUGGAGCCUUUCAGCCUGAGGGCUCUGUACCAGAAGAUGGUGGACAAAGAGAUGAACCCCCUUCCCACCCAGCUCUCCACAGGGGCCAUCAACUUCCUGCGCUCUCUCCUGGAACCAGACCCUGUGAAGAGGCCAAAUAUUCAGCAGGCACUGGCGAAUCGCUGGCUAAAUGAGAACUACACCGGGAAAGUGCCCUGUAAUGUCAGCUAUCCCAACAGGAUUUCUCUGGAAGACCUGAGCCCCAGUGUGGUGCUGCACAUGACUGAAAAGCUGGGCUAUAAGAACAGUGAUGUCAUCAACACGGUGCUGUCCAACCGCGCCUGCCACAUUUUGGCCAUCUACUUCCUGUUAAACAAGAAACUCGAGCGCUAUUUGUCAGGGAAAUCUGACAUCCAAGAUGGCGUCUGCUAUAAGACCCAGCUCUACCAGAUAGAGAAGUGCAGAGCCACCAAGGAGCCCUACGAGGCCUCCCUUGACACCUGGACAAGAGACUUGGAAUUCCAUGCUGUGCAGGAUAAAAAGCCCAAAGAACAAGAAAAGAGGGGUGAUUUUCUUCAUCGUCCGUUUUCCAAGAAGUUGGACAAGAGCCUGCCCCCUCACAAACAGCCCUCAGCCUCACUCACCACACAGAUCCAGAACACCAAAGCCCUCCUCAAAGACCGCAAGGCCUCCAAGGCAGGCUUUCCCGACAAAGAUUCCUUCGGCUGCCGCAAUCUUUUUCGCAAAACUUCCGAUUCCAAUUGUGUGGCUUCUUCUUCCAUGGAAUUCAUCCCUGUCCCACCUCCCAGGACACCCAGGAUUGUAAAGAAACCAGAGCCACACCAGUCAGGGCCGGGAAGUGCCAGCAUCCUCCCCAAGGAAGAGCCCCUGCUGCUGGAUAUGGUCCGCUCCUUCGAGUCAGUGGAUCGCGAGGACCACAUAGAACUGCUGUCCCCCUCCCAUCACUAUAGGAUCCUGAGCUCACCUGUGAGCUUGGCUCGCAGGAACUCUAGUGAGAGGACGCUCUCUCCGGGGUUGCUCUCUGGAAGUACAUCGCCUCUGCAAACUCCACUGCAUUCCACGCUCGUCUCUUUUGGGCACGAAGAUAAGAACAGCUCUCCAAAAGAGGAGGGUGUGUGUUCCCCUCCUCCGGCUCCCAGCAAUGGCCUCACGCAGCCCCUGGGGAGCCCCAACUGUGUGAAAAGCAGAGGAAGGUUCCCCAUGAUGGGUAUUGGACAGAUGCUGAGGAAGCGGCACCAGAGCCUGCAGCCUUCCUUGGAGAGGUCCCUGGAGGCCAGCAUGUCACCACUGCAACCCACAGCCCCCUCCAGCCUCUCCUUUGACAUGGCUGACGGUGUCAAGAGCCAGUGUUAACCUGGGGUGGGAAGAUUCUGGGUCUCUGUAAGGACAGAAUGGACAGAGCUCCACACACACACCAGGGCAUGAGCAGCCAGCCUCACAAGAGAAUCCUUUACUCCCGCCUCACAGCGCCCCAACUCGGAUCAGCUGGAAGCCACAGACUUAAAGCCUGCACACCCAGCCUCACUUCGGAUCCUCUGAGAUGCUGAGAAGCAGGAGGGCUGGCUGUAGGGACCAUCCAUUCCAGGCUGAGACCCUCUUUCCUACAACCCCUCAUCCAGCCCUCUCCAGUAUACCCCCUGCUGGGCUCAGAGCUGAAAACCACACCUCCAUCUGCUGGACCACUCAGAUUUCCAGAUGGGUACCAGGCCCUCCUCCCUCUGUUACAUGCGAGCCUCUCACAGACCGCUGUGUGCAGUGGCCAGUCACAGUCUCACAGGGACCAUACCACUGCAAGGAUGUUCACCCAGCCUAGGAAUUCCUCCACAGACACAGAGGGAAUCGACCCUCCUUAGCCUAACAGUGAGUCCCUGCGGGAGAGCAGGAGUGGUGAGUCACAGUGUCAGACCCCAGGAACUCUGGAGGAAGACUAGAUAGAGCCUCAGACAAAGAUGGAACCCAACAGUGAAGACUAGAGAAAACGCUCAUUCCCAUGCAAUGUUCUAACAAAUUUGUCUUUUAUGUUUCUUUUCUUUCUUUCUUUCUUUCUUUCUUUCUUUCUUUCUUUCUUUUUUUUUUUUGAUUGAAACUUGCUAAGGAUUGAAUGAACUUGUCCAAAGAAAACUUGCUUUAAAUGAUGCUAUUAAAUUGAAGUAACUUUUUUUUUUUUUGGGAAAUGGUCUCAUUAAGUCACCCAGGCUGGCUUCAAAGUCACCAUCCUCGGCUUCCAAAGUGUUGGGAUUACAAGUGUAUACUCCUGUGUCUGGCUCAAAAUAACAAUUUUUUAAAACCUAGAUGGUCAGAUGGGAAGCAUUUCUACCAAAUUCAUGUUUUUCUGAGAGGUUGCAGCUGAGGUGGCCAAAAAGCUGGCCUGGGUGGUGAUGGUAAGUAGCAUUGGACCACAGUGGCCUGCUGAGGGACAGCAGCCUAGCCAUCCUGGCCUUAUAUUGUGACAGCAGCAGAGGGCUUGGAACAUGGCUCCAGAGCUCUGGAGAGAGCAUGAUUCUCAAGGCGAGGAGAAGGCAUUUGCUGUGCACUGAUGUUCUUCUGCUGCGGUUGGAGCCUAGCUGUGCUGGGGGAUGGGAAGGAACAGGCUUGUCCCCUGGGAGCAGUUCACGAACAGUUUCGUCCCCAAGGAAAGCAGUGUCCCCCAAAUGGGCUUUCUGUCCGUGUUGUGUUUGUUCUACACCUCCCCCUUCCAGGGUUGAACCAAAGAUGCGUUUCUGGUUUUGUGGCUGUGACGCCCCUUGUGUCUUUUGUGGAAUCUGGUAUUGUCAGAUCAUGUCCAGCUGGUACUUGAUGGGGGAUUGUCUCUCUGGGGAUCCUGGACCCUUAGCAGAGGACUUCUCAGUCAUGAACAGCAGUGUAAGGAAGAGAAGAAUCAGCACAAUUUGGGUCACAGUUGUUUAGGAGAUGAGUUGUGAAAUAGCCCAGAUCUUCCAUCUUUGACUUUCAGGUGUGAUCAGAGACCACAACUGUAGUCAUAAAGCCGGGUUCAUCAUCUUAGUGAACCAUUGAUGCUAAAGUGGGCUAAUUUCUUUAAAAUCCCAAAGCCAGCCUUUGCCAGUGAGGGAUGAGACGCAGCAUCGCUGUCUCUCAUUUACCAGUGGGUGGCUUCCCUUAGACUCUCACAGCUCUGACUGGGCAAGAAGAGAACACACAUUUGGCUGACCCUAGAAGCAAAAUGCUCUAGUCUUGGCUGAACUUGGUAAGACCUGGACUGCUUCAUCCUAGGGAGGGACUCACCCCCUCCCUAAGUCUCCUCCCAGCAGCCGGCAUUGUUCCUCAGUAGGGCUCCAGCUCGGCUUCCAGGACUUAACAUUGAAAACAGAACUCUAAGCAGAGAGAAGAGAGGAAUCAUCUACAAAUGCCGUAUUGGCGCGUUUUGUGUUUGCAUUUUGAUGGGCAGAGUCCUCUUUUAAAGAUAACUACCAACUGCAACCAUCUCACUCUACAAGUUGGUAGGAUGUAUACCUGUGUGCCAUGUCCCCCUUUUUUGUAACCUCUUACGUCUUUUUCUGGCUGUUUGCUUUCCUCACGUGUGUGUGUGUGUGUGUGUGUGUGUGUGUGUGUGUGGUGUUAAUUCAUGGAGAAAGUGUUUCCCAUUCUUCAAACGCUUCAAGAACGGUGUCAGAUGCACCACUAGCUGCCCUUGUGGCCACUGGUAACAGACUAGGAACUCAGGUGUCUAAUGAACCCAGUGAAAGGCAAAGGGGGCAAGGCGGGGAAACUAGCUGUGUUUUGGGGUGUGUAUACACCUGCCAGACAAGUCUAUGAAACUGAGUGAAAGAAGAAAUGUCAGUUUCUUUACUGUUUUAUUAUAUUUAUAUGGAAAACCUGACAUCCUCUUGUUAAGUGCAGUGUGUUGCUGUUGACCCAUGACUGUCCUUCAUGGGCUCCUGCCUGGGAUUUCGGUCAGCCUGCGGCUACUGGUGGGAGCAACUCAGCUGUCGCUGUGUGAAGUCCAGGGAGAAGAGUCCGUCUUAGUUGUAAGGUUUGGUCAUGAGAAAGGACUGACUCUAUUUAUGUCACCAUUAUUGAAUAUAUGUACUUUUAUAAUGGCUGUGAAAUACACACUUUUUCCUCACUA